GGCAAUAAUUGUCCCACAGUUCUCUGGCCCUUUGCAAAUAAACGCCUUACAGGACCUGUCUGGCCAUUCCUCACGGAGCUGCCUCAAGAGAGAAGAUGUCUGCCGGCCAGAGGUUUGCCUUUGCAAUAUGCAUUUUACAAAUAAGUGUCCUGAGUGCUGGGCCCACUCCUAGUUUUACCCCAGAGACCGGACAAGAGAAUGAGACACCACUUCCGAUAGACUGCAGAAUGAGUUCCUGGAGCGAAUGGUCAGUAUGUGACCCUUGCCUCAAACAAAUGUUUCGUUCAAGGAACAUUGAGGCCUUUGGACAAUUUAAGGGGCAAAAGUGCGUGGAUGCUGUGGGAGACAGACGACUGUGUGAGCCUACUGAGCCCUGCACAGACAUGGAGGAAGACUGUGGGAAUGAGUUUAAAUGUGGCACAGGCAGAUGCAUAAAGAGGCGACUUCUGUGUAAUGGUGACAAUGACUGCGGGGACUUUUCAGAUGAGGAUGAUUGUGAAAGUGAUCCCCGUCCUCCCUGCCGUGACAGAGUAGUGGAAGAAUCCGAACUGGCCCGGACAGCAGGCUAUGGCAUCAACAUCUUAGGGAUGGAUCCCCUAAACACACCUUUUGACAAUGAGUUCUACAAUGGAUUCUGUGACCGGGUUCGGGAUGGAAAUACCUUGGUCUACUACCGCAGGCCCUGGAACGUGGCUUCUCUGGCCUAUGAAACCAAAGCCGAUAAAAACUUCAGAACUGAAUAUUAUGAAGAACAGAUGCAAGCAUUCAAACAAAUUGUCCAAGAGAGGACAUCGAAUUUUAACGCAGAUAUAAAUUUAAAAUUCACACCUACGGAAGCAAUUGAACAGUCCAAAAGUAAACUUCAAGAAACUUCUGACAAUAAAGCACCCCUAGGUAUUACAAAUGCUGAGGCUAAAUUUCGAUUUGGGUAUUCCAAAAAUGAAACUUACCAACUGUUUUUGACACAUUCUUCAAAGAAGGAAAAAGUGUUCCUGCAUGUGAAGGGAGUAAUUCAUCUGGGAAGAUUUACGAUGAGAAGUCGGGAUGUCAUGCUGACAACAACUUUCUUGGAGGACAUAAAAGCUCUGCCACCUACCUACGCAAAGGGGGAAUAUUUUGCAUUUUUGGAAACCUACGGAACCCACUACAGUAGCUCUGGGUCUCUAGGAGGACUCUAUGAACUAAUAUAUGUUUUGGAUAAAGCAGCCAUGGAAGAGAAAGGUGUUGAAAUAAGGGAUGUACAGAGAUGCCUCGGGUUUAGUUUGGAUGCUUCUCUGAAUGCUGGAGCUGAACUCACAGGAAAGAUCAAUAAAAACGAUUGUUUAAAGAGGGGUGAAGGUGGAACUGUAAACAUCACUAGUGAUAACCUUAUAGAUGAUGUUAUUUCACUCAUAAGAGGAGGAACCCAAAAAUAUGCAUAUGAGCUGAAAGAGAAGCUUCUCAAAGGAGCCAAAACGGUUGAUAUGACUGACUUUGUAAAUUGGGCCACUUCCUUAAAUGAUUCUCCAGUGCUCAUAAGUCAAAAACUGUCUCCUAUAUAUAAUUUGGUUCCAGUGAAAAUAAAAGACGCACACCUAAAGAAACAGAAUUUAGAAAGAGCCCUUGAAGAUUAUAUCACUGAAUUCAAUGUGAGGAAAUGCAACCCAUGCCAACAUGGAGGUACUGUGAUCCUGCUGGAUGGAGAAUGUCUGUGUACCUGCCCAAUGGCAUUUACAGGAAUUGCCUGUGAAACCAGAAAAAAGUCAAAAACUUCUCAAGGUGAGAGCAACUUAUUUUAUAUCACUAGGGACAAAACUAUGCAUUUUGAGGUUACUUAAUUUGAAAAUUAGGUCUUAAAUUAACGUGUAUUAAACGUCUAGGCUAUCCAUGUAAACAGAGGAUAAAUAGUGAACACAUAAAAUGGACAAAGCAGACUUUAUAGGUCUUUUAGCAUGCAAUUUUACAUCUUCUGCCUCUACAUUUAAACAGAACUAUUAUUUUUUUAACUGUAAUGAUUGGCCCUUGAACAACAUGAGUUUGAACUGAAUGAGCCCACUUAUAUGUGGAUAUUUUACAGUAUAGUACUCUACAUAUAUUUUCUCUUCCUUACAACUUUCUUAAUAAAAUUUUCUUUUCCCUAGCUUACUUUAUUGUAAUAAUACACUAUAUAACACAUAUAACAUACAAAGUGUGUAUUAAUCAACUCUUUAUGUUAUUGGUAAAGCUUCUGGUCAACAGUAAGCUCUUAGUAGUUAAGGUUUGGGGGAGUCAAAAGUUAUACACAGAUUUUCAACUGUGUGGGGCAUCAGUACCCCUAACCUUUGUUAGCAUUGUUCAAGGGUCAACUGUAAUUUUUUUAAGCAAGUAAGCAAAAUUCCUAAUCUCUCUAAAAGUCUUUUAAUAUUUUUCAAUGAAGGUUUCUUCACAUGUUCUUAUAAAUACCCUUGCAUAAGAUGCACUUCAAAGUUGAAUACCCAAGACCUAUGUCUUGUAAGUUUGCUUUUUCGGAUUGCAAGAAACAGAUACAGACAAUACAAUUGCCUCCACAAUUACAGUUCGUGUUUAUGAAGAUCUGAAAUAUAAUUUAUCACUUUUAAAGAUACAAAACCCUCUCCAGAUAUUCAAAAAUUGUUGUAGCAACCUAAUUAUCUUGUUGUUAAUACUGUAAUAACACUGCCAUUUUCAUGACUCGGUUUAUCUCUCUCUUUAUCACCUCUGCUUCUACUGCUUCUGACUAUCUUUUCUCAGUGCCUUCUGCAUUCAAAAUUUCCUAAGACUCUAUGGAGGAUGUCAUGGUACACAGCCCGGGUCUGCCUUCAGGAUCAAGCACCCAUCCCCCACCUCCU